CAUAAUUACAUACAACGCUCUAUAGUGUCUCUUCGAGACCCUGUGUUGUACAGAUACAGGUGGUGCUGUGACUCUCAUCUUAGGUUCAACAAGGACAUCUAUUAACCUUUACCUCACUCCGAAUCGGGCUAUAAAUUAUGGACAGUGCAGCACUCUCAUUAUUCUAAUUAAUGACAUUUAGAUCUUCUACUAUAUACACGGGGAUCUGAAACAGUGCCACUCUUUAUGGAGAGACUGCGUUAGUACUCCAUUACAUCAUACAGUCAAAAGCAGUACGCAACCACGUGCUCCGCUGCACCAUUGACACUCUUAGUCUGUCUCUCAGUCCUUGAACCACAUUAUUGUCCCUACUGUCCAGCUCACCUUGCAAUGCUUAAGUCCUAAACGAAGAAAGUCUAGAAUUCUUCUUAAUUUCCAAUCACACCGGGGUUCCAUUUCAAUUUAAAUGGGCUUAUUUGUUACUAUCAAAUUAUAUAUAUUCAGAGACAAAGCCUUAGUCUAUGCCACACUCUGCAAAUGGACUACGAAUUGCCAUACCGCCUCAUGCAAUUAACAGUCGUCUGAGAUCACGUGCAGCAAUAUUAAGUUGGUUCUCUCUAUGGAGAGAGACUACGGUAGUGCUUCACCGCCCCACACAACAAACAGCGGUCGGUAACCAAGUGCAACGACAUAACGUCUCCACUCCCUGUAGAGAGACUACGGUAGAGCUACAGCGCCUAGUACUGUACACACCAGUUGGUUACCACGUACAGUGAUGGAGCGACCGUGACUGCAUCACGGAACCCAACCCUCCAUAUCCCAGGAAACGUAAUCAAAGUGGACAUACGCCCAUAAACCAUGUGGCUGUUCAAGAAAGUGACAUCGGGGCGUGGAUUCAUGGCGGGCCCCAUCAUGCCAGUGUUGGUCAACUUGACCCUCUUCUCCUCAAUUCCCCGGAUGUCCUUUGGUCAAGCCAGGCAGGCGGUACUCAAGGAUAUCCUGAAUGAUACCUAUGAUCCAAAAAUUGCACCCAACUUCAAUGACAACUUCCCGACAAAGGUGAUGGUUCAACUGUUUGUGCUCAGUAUAGAUUCCGUGGACGAAUCAGCAAUGGGAAGGGAUGGGAAGCCGUGUAAGCGCACGCAACAAGCAGUUACGGCAGGCCAGAAAGAAUGGGUUGGCUCAUAUCGAGCCCGAUCUUCUCCUAAAAGUAGAGUUAGCAAAUAUAAAACAAUGAUUUUGCCUGGUGAGCGGGAACAGGACACUGCGGCGAUAGCUAAACGCAGGUCAAAAUACGGCUUUGCUCCAUCAACUAUGGAGUAUUCCAUGAGCAUUUACUUACGCCAGAAGUGGAACGACCACAGACUGAUGUGGUCGGACAACGCAAACCUGUCGCGGAUAGAAGUGGACACCAAGCUGAUGGAGAGAGUGUGGACGCCCGACCUGUACUUCGUCAACGAGAAGCAGGCCAUCAUGCAUGACGUCACAGUGUCCAACAAACUGCUACAUUUGUAUCCCAACGGAACUGUGCAGUCAAGUAUCAGGAUCUCCAUGACCCUGAGCUGUGAUAUGUAUCUCCACAAAUACCCACACGACGAGCAGGAGUGUUCCGUCAACAUCAGCAGUUACAGCUACACGGCCGACAACGUGGUGUUCAAGUGGCACUCCACGCCGGUGAUCAUGCGGGAGGGGAUGACGCUGCCCAGGUUUGAGGUCGAGUACAGAAAAAAAGCUGGCGAAUGCGAGUUCAAGACUGUGGCAACCAGCAUGAUUAGUGGUAACUUCUCGUGCAUCACGGCGGAAUUCCAUCUGACGCGGCUGUUUGGGUAUUACAUAGCACAGGUGUACCUGCCGUCAGUCCUCAUCGUCAUGUUGUCGUGGGUGUCGUUCUGGAUCGACAUCGACGCUAUCCCCGCGCGUGUGUCCCUGGGCCUACUGACGGUGUUGACCAUGACGACACAAAGCACUGGCGCCCGCAACUCCCUGCCCCGGGUAUCCUACGUAAAGGCCAUCGACGUCUGGAUGGCCAUGUGUCUCGGCUUCGUGUUUGCUGCGCUGCUGGAGUUCGCCUACGUCAACGUUCAAAACCGGGUGGAGCGACGGCGUCGUAUGUCGGUGAUGGAGGGGAACGAGAGUAACGGCAACGUCAAAGAAGAUCCGAAAUUCAAAAAUAAAGAGUUCCCUACCGAGGAGUUUGAUAUCCUUCAGCUCAAACAGGCGGAUCGUGUACUUACAAGACAGGUUAAAGCGUCAACGUGCACGAAUGGCGGACAAGAUCUCGAGAGUAAUGUUCCCGAUAAUGUUUUUAAUCUUCAAUGUUGUCUACUGGUGUGUAUACUGCCUGUGAUUCCGAUGGCGACGCAGGCGAGUUGUCACGUUGCGACGUAGGGGAGUUGUAACGUAGCGACGUCGACAGACCGUGACCACGGGACUAGACUUCGCCUGUUUCCGUGAACCCGAACCACGCCAUGUGAUUAGUUUUGAGUUGUACGAGUGGUCUUAUAUUUCCACGGGUGUUUUCCAGCGUCCCAAUCAAACACAAAGUGAUACGGGAUCAGUUAUCUGUGACAGACAAAAACCUGUUGGUACUCCCGUAGCCUUAUUUGACAAGUGUCGGAAAUCUGUGAGUGUUGGAUUUAAACUGAGAUUUUACGAAGCAGUAUUUUUGCCUCACACGGCGAUCAGGAGACAACGGAGUAUUCUGUGCUUCCACGAUCAAGCCAAAAGUUGCAUGGCUAAGGGCUGAUAGCAGAGACCCCGGCAUAACGCCCCAGUUGACAGUGAACAAGGAAUUCGAACCGUGUAUAUAAUACCCGAAUCCGUGCAGUGUGGCAUGUUCUACUGGGCCCCAUGUGAACUGGCUACAUGUUGUAGGAGUACACUGUCAACCAUUGAAGAUGAAGGUGUUAGGAAGGGAAGUUCAUGGGGCUUGGUCGGGAAGGUACAAGGAACACAAGAUGCUGUCAAGGACACAACCACACCCAUCUGUUCCGCUGUGUGUAAUGUAGCUCAUGGCUGCCAUUGCGAGGAUGCUUGUGAACAAUGUGAACGGUUUUUAUAACGUUUGACUGUCGUACUAUCAUCAUAACACUACUGUGUCUUAAUGACUGUCUUGAUUCGUGGACUCCUUGAGUCCCUGUAAAUAGUAUGGUGAAGUAGCAUGAAGCAAGGGAGACAUCGUUGCGCUUUAAUGUCGUCACUGAGCGAUAAUUACUUUAUUGUAGUCACUGAGCGAUAAUUACUUUAUUGUAGUCACUGAGCGAUAAUUACUUACGUUUAUUAAUUCCCAGACGAGGCGUGCAUUGUCUUGCUAUAUUUAGCGUCAUGAGGUUGUAUACGUUGUGGUUGUGAUGACGCUGGCGUCGUUUACAGAAAGGGAUGUCCGUUGUGACGUAUUGAGGUCACGUGUUGUUUUACGUCUUCCAGUCUUUGGCUGCCUUUCAAUAGCUUCCUUCAUUAUAAACUCGAUUAAUCAAUUAAUCUAUUACUUUUACUUGUUUAAGCUGUGGAGAACCAUAUAUAUUCCUCACGUGUAGACGGUAUUUGAGGUUUUAACAGGUUGUUAUCGACAACGCUCAAUGACGGAUCGUGAGGUCUUAAGGGGAACAAGACACUGACAACUGGCAGCCCUAGCAAGUUUAAUUCAAGCCGUUCAGGCUUCACUUGGCUGUCAAUUGUAUAAUAUUUGACAAUGUUACCCAGAGACAGAGACAAUUUCCCAGCUCUGCUUUAAGCACUCAUUCACAUUCAGACUGAAGAUGGGUACCAGGCAUUGGAGCAGAGCCCCUCUUUACGUAUCAGGACUGUGUGCGUAGCUUCACUGUUAAUGCCUAGUUACUGCCUGGUUACAGCCCGAUCACUGCUGGGUUACUGCCUGGUUACUAACAGGUUAAUUACUUCUUGGUCACACCUAGGUCGGCGACGUCGAGAUUUCCUCCAGGUUACUGCGUAGUUGGGGGGAAGACACAGUAUGAGCAUUGUUUCACCACACCAUGCUCACAAAGCCCUGUAUAGUAUUGUAUGUCCUUUCUUGAUUUCCCAAAGGUAUAUGUAGCAGACACAGUCUAAAUUAUCGGUUUAUACGGUACCUGCACAAGUAUCGUUUCUCAGUUUUCAUACAGCAUUGAUAACAUGCUACCUUCCACGGUCCUGUCAACAUCCCCUUUACUGUCGGUAACACGACGCUGAAUAGGGCAAUUGAUGCUUCUGAACUGUAAAGAAGAUUGUUUUGAACGCUGAUAACAAUGACAGACCUAAUACCUCUGAGUUCAACCGUUGCAGAAAAUGAAACAUCAAAGAGGUGAGUGGCUCUAGCAAUGGCCCGUGAGAUGGAGCGGUACUCCAUCGGUGUUAGGUUGUCUGCUAGACGCCCGGAGUCUGCAGUUACAGACGUUUUAUGAGACUUCAGAGAUGUCCAGCGAUGGCGAUGUGGCCAGUGGAGCCAGUACACCGCGUAUUGUGAUAACCUCUGUUGCCUGACAGUGCUUGUUUGGUUGGAGUGUAACGCCAAACACAUCUCACCGACACCGGCCUGUCAAUACACGAGUCUGGGUGAGACAAUCCAGUGAUCGAUGUGGGAACCACCCCAUCUCCAGGGGCUACGAUGGCAUGCACUCUACCACGCCGCUACCUACCCGGAAUCCACUUGGUGUAUAUGGGAGACAUGUGAAGGUUGACUGUUUGCAUCAUCAUACAAGAACAAGUAUAAGAAUACACGGGAGAUGAAAGUCUCUGGAAGAUGAUGGCAGGAGGUGAUAAACAUGCAUACGAAGACUCACUGAACACUUCUGUGAGAACGGGGAGGUUCGCCAUCGCAUCCUACUUACGUAGGUCGAUGCGCACGUUGUUAAUCACUGGAUUGUCUGGUCCAGGCUCGAUUACAGACUCCGUCGUAUUGCGCGAAGUUUGCCGUUCACGGUUGAUAAGAUAACUUAACGUUCCCGUGUAGUAGAGCGAGUAUGUUACAGGUAUAUUUCCCUCGUGAAGCCCGCGCGGGUCUUGAUAAUUAUAUACACAUUCCAUGUUCCUGACGAAACUUCUUUGUAACUUCUCAACAACGAUGUCCAGUCAUGAUUGUUGUUUCUGAUGGAUGUUUUCUGAAGUAUGAAAUGCGUUGUUAUCUUGUGAUUUUAAUAUUGUAUAUAUUUCAAAGUGCCUACGUACAGAUUCUAUAAAUGUGAUUUUAACUGAAUAUUGUAUAUCUAUGUGUAAAGUUUGUGUGAAAAUGCUUCUAUGCAUUUUGAUUUUUACUGCCGAAAAGUUGAACAACAACAUAGAUAUGCUUCACCGUUGCUGUGUACUUUGCAGUCGUUUAAGGCGCCCUAAUAGAAAGUCACGAAUAGUGGCUUCCCUUUGCUUUGACAGGAUCAGCUGAUAAUGUGUUUGUAGCCCAGCGUCACCGCGAUUAUCAUGUUAGGUCUGUUAGCCAGAAAUCAUUAUCGUGGUUUUUAGCAAACAUCAAUUUCCCUUUAACACUACCCUGUCACUGUGUGAUAUUGAACAAAGUGCUCUCACACACGGUGUACUCUACCAUGACAUUGCUGAAGCUUUGCUGAAGUAUUGUGACACUUACACAUGGUGUAUUCCGCUGUGACAUUGCUGAAGUGUGACACUCACACACGGUGUUCUCCACUGUGACAUUGCUGAAACAUUGCUGAAGUGAUGUGACACUCACUCACACAAGGUGUACCCGGCCAUGACAUUGCUGAAGUGUGACACUCACUCACACAAGGUCAUGGUGUUCUCUCCGUGACAUUGCUGAAGUAUGCAUAAUUAAGUGUUGUGACACUCACAAAUUCCCACACCUUACCCCAAACCUCGACCAGUGCGUUUUGUUACCCGUUAAACAUAGCACAGCAAAGAGGCCUCACAUGUCUAUAAGUCAAUUAUAUGUCUGUUUCGGGAUCAUUAUAGGGUUCAUUCUAGUCUAAAUUUCAAGUUGAACAUAAAAUAUUGUCUGUUAUUUGAAUUUCUGUAAUUUUAUGGUAAUGUUAUCUUUGACUUUUCUUGUUCCGGUGUUUUACGAUUUGAAGAAUGUCCACACCUUGUCGUUGUACAUUUAUACUUGUAAUACGUUUAAAGUUCAUAGUUCAUUAAUGUACCUCGGGUUGAUGAUUUUAACACAAAUUUGUUAACAUUUUAAAAGAUAUUUAUUAAGACAUAUUUCAUCAAUUUAUAAACUCUUUUGUAAUGAAAUUUUUAUCAUAAUUGGUCUUAACAUAGUAUUAUAUUUUCUGUGGCCUUUGUGAAAUUCCAAACACAGGCAGGCUGCUUUUUAGUCUUUCGACAUCAUAUUUGCGUUGCCCAGGGUAACAGAUGGCCAACUUGUCCAUGACGGUGACGUGACAACUCUUUGUAUAGAUUACAACCCUCUAUCUGACCCAACAAGACACACAGAACAUGAGCCAAGAGUUCGGUGUUAAACAAACGCCUAUGUGUGAACGUUCUUUCUCCCCUGACCAACCUGUUAAGUGGUGGGUAAGAUUGUACUCUCGUCAUCCGACCGGUCAUCAAAUCAAAUAUCGACUAGAACGCAUCCCCUCAAGCUCCCGUCUACAAUCAUAAGAGGUGUUUACAUUGUUGCUUUCUAUUAUCUGUAAUUAAUUGAUAAUAAAGCAUAAUUGGCAAUGACACGAAAGACACUCUGGUACCAACACCUAAUUGGUUAAUAAUGCAAUAUUGUCAUGUCAGCAAGAAAUCUAUCAUAUAGUUUAUUAUUCCCGAGUCACUUGUAAAAUGGCCGGCCUUUGGAGUAAGAAACGGAAAAACGUCAUAACACUUAACCAAAAUUAAUAAAAUCUGUUUUUGAUAAUUUGUUUCUGAAUAUGUCUCUGGUUAAUGAAUGCAUUGUCUUCCGCGCCUAUAUAGAAUGCUUCAAUAUCAAUGACCGGACAUACGAGAUGGAAUUUUUUCACCACGAAGGGAAAAUAAUGUAACUUAUAAUGUAAAUCUACGAACACCCGUUUUUUUUCAGAUUACAAAGUUCAUCUGUCAUAUUAUAACAAAAUUAAUAUAACCAUAUGAAAAACAUCACGUUUUCUUUAACUUGCUUUGCGUGACAUCGCCGCACGAAUAUGAAUAUACUCAAAAACGUCCUGUCAAAAUCUUGACCAAAUUGUUUGUCGCUAAAUGGAACUUGACAAUUUCUCUGCAUGGUUUAAUUUUCAAUUUAUGCUAAAUAAAAACCAGUUUAGCUGAAGUCGUGUGUCCAACCAUCACCACUACGCCGCUUUUUCCGUGUACUGCAAUCAGCACGUGUCACUUAAUCCUGCUGUACAGUAAACUCACCAUUCCAGUCCGGACUGGAGCCGAAGUCUCCUGUCUGAGUGAAAAUAUGUUUUAUUUUUGUAUGUUUUGCAAGUGAAUUGUGCUUUUAACUGAUUAAAAAAACCUGCAUCCUUAAA